AUGUCUAUCGACGAAGUAAGUUCUUCAUUUGGUCAAAAUCAGUCAUCGUACGGUCAGCUGGAUGACUAUAAUCGGAUGAAGAAUUAUAUGAACGAGCAGAAAUACGGGGGAGCAUUUAAUGUUUAUAAUGGGUUAUUACUCUUGAACCGGAACUACAACAAAUUUGAGGUGCGAAGAAACCAAAGCGAUGGGAUAUGA